AUGGCCGCCGAGAACCUCCUGAUGCCCGAGUCCCUUCACAGGGCGCUCGAAGGCUCGCUCUCCCAGGACCAGGCGCUAAGGAAGGAGAGUGAAGACUACCUCUUCAAGAUAUCUACCGCCAAGGGGGCCAUACCGCUGUUACUUUCGCUCAUAUCGGCGGAUGCGGUAGAGGCGCCGGUAAGACUGGCCGGUGCCGUGAAACUCAAGAACCUAGUGCUCUCCUACUGGAGAGAUGCGAACGCAUUGUGCGAUGAGGACCGCGCUGCGUUAUGGAAGGGCAUAUACGAUGCCAUUCUGUCUGUCGGACGCGACAACGACUUGAUCAGACGCCAGUGCUUCGAAGCGCUGCGCCACAUCGUCUUCAGCGCCGAGCAGGCGGACGUCAGCUACAUUGUGCAGCGGGUGAAAAAUGACCUAGAGCAGCGCUCCAAUGGCGACACCCUGCUGUGCGCCCUCAAGGCGUUGCGGAAGCUAAUGUACCGCUACGAAUACCACUCCCAUUCGAUGUUAAAUGAGGUCAACGCCAUGAUUGACGGGUUUUUCGGGCACCUGCUCCAGGUGGCCCAAGACGCCUCCAACGCCGGGCUGGAAUCCCCCGAAGCGGCGGAGUGCAUUCACCAAGUGCUCAAGGUGUACUUCUCGUUGGCUUUGCUCACGUCGCCAACAACGAACCUUGUGAAGAGCACGCUGCAAUCCUGGAUGGCGCUCGUGCAGUUCGUCUUGGACAAUCCUGUGCGAUGGGAUGCGGUGUUCAAGACCGGGGAACACGCCAUGAUGCCGUACGUGGAGCUGCCCGACGACGAGGAGUCGCGCCUCCACGAAAUGCCACGUUUCAAGUGCCUUAAGUGGGCACUACAAAUUCUCACCAAGUACAUGUCGAGGCAAGCGCCUAAAAAGAUUGAUAAGGAACUGGGCAAGGAGCAUUUUGUUCGCUACCUCAAGGACGGAUACGCCGUCGCCUUUGCCAAGAAAAUAAUGGUCCUCCUGCAGGCGGAGUCCUCAGGAGGUGCCGUGUUCACCAACAGCCUGCAUCACAGGAUGUGGACAUAUCUCAAGUACACGUUGCCUUUGACCGACGUCUACAACGCGUCCCUACAGCCGUGUGCGGCGGUUAUCGUGCAGAUGCUAUUCCAGACAUUUGCUUGCAACACAAACGAUGAGCAGCAGUAUCUGGAGGAUCCGGAAUCUUACAUUCAAAACAGCCCGGAUGUCAGUUUCCAGCUGAUGUCGCCACGAGGAACGGCCGCCGACUUCAUCAAGGAUGCCUGCAAGUUCCGCCGCGCUGAGUUCGCGCCGAUUAUUAUAUCAGCGGCGAGGGAUGUGUUCCGCGACCGUGGGAAUUCAGUACCGGAAUUGUACGGAGUCAUGUGCCUGGUCGGCCACUCCGCCGCAGGGGUAUUGCAAAACAGCAAAAAGUCAAAAAAGAAGCAGGCUUCCACCGUGGCCGGAAUACCGGAAGAGCAGCUGUUGGAUGGAGAGGCUUUCAUCACCACCUUCGUUGCCCCCUUACUCAGCUCUCCUGACAAGUGGCUUCGGAUGCGUGCGGCCUGGCUAUGCGGCCAUGUGGUGAGGACCAACCAGACGUGGAGGGACUCGCAGACGCUCCUGAAAUUGUACUCCAAGCUAGUAGAAUUGCUGGGCGAUCAGGAGGUCAUAGUUUCCGUCAUGGCGACUGGCGCCGUACUCGCCUUUUUCCACGCCUCCGACGAGACGCUGCAGAAGACCAUAGUGGAAUACCUACCACAUCUGCUGCAGAACCUUUUCAAACUUAUGGAGCGGGUCGAGUUGGAAUCCGUUGUGUCCACGCUCGAUGAAAUCGUGGAAAUGUACUCAGUGGCUGUGCUGCCGUUCGGGGCCCAGAUCACCGAGAAUGUCUGCAACGCACUCUGGAACAGCAUUGGAAGCGAGGGAGCUGCAGACAAGCAUGGCGAGGACACGGCCAACGAUGAGCAGAUUUUGGCCAGGUGGUCGAUGGUACAAACCCUGACCUCCAUCGUUAGACUUGCCUCCGAGGCCGACACAAAGGCGAUGACGCCCAAUGAUUGCGACAUGUUCGCCAAAAUCGCACACAGGACAACCACGCUGUUGAUAUCCUUAUACGAGCAUCUGGACUUGGACAGUCUGAUGGAUUACAUCGAUGACCUCGCCAUGCUGCUGAGCUAUGUGGUGAAGAUCACUCAUAAGGUGGUGAGCUUCGUUGGGGAGGAGAAGGCGGCGGCCAUGGGUGCGCGCUUCGCGGAUAUGUGGAAAAUACUGGGGCUCUGCAUGAAGGCCAUAGGCGGAUACCAUGCAGCGGGUGCCGAAGAAGAUGGCGAAAUGUCUGCUGUUAUGGUAGAAAUCAGCGUUAUCAGGGGCCCUGUGAGAAGCCUGCUCGCGUAUGCGCCCAGCGGGUUCACCUUUGAAUGCGCCAUGCAGCUCUACACGCUUUGCCAAGGCGCCAUCUCUGGGGAUGACGGGCAUCAUGCUGAGCGCCUGUUGGCGGACGUCUUCGAAGUGUCGAUCAACAACCGGGCCUGCGAUGGCAUCCUCGCGGUGGCCGCCAAAGAGCUGACGAAGAGCGUCGUGGACAACUAUGACGCCAUCAUCAACAGCCCCCCCUACUUCCAAAGCAAAGUACGGUACGCAGCUGUGUUGCUCACUUACUCCUGUCGCGAAAACCCGCCGCUGAAAAGCCUGGAUGACCCCGAUACACUCAUCCGUGUCAUCAUCCACGCGUCGCCGGGCUGCCCGUCUAAGUAUAUGCGCAAGCUCUUCAUGGUCUGCCUCUCCUCCCUGAAGCAAGUCGGGGUGCAUUACAGCAAAGGCGAAAGCAUACAGGAAGCUAUCAAUGAGCUCUUACUUGAUGCAUCCGGUGCGACGAACGACGGCGGCAUGGAUUCGGAAGUCGACGAUAUGGACGACGAAGACGACUCCGACCUCUACUCGGACGAAUCAGACGACGAUGAUUAUGACUAUGACUCAGAUGACGAGGACUAUGAUGACAGUUACGAUGACGAGGACUUCGAGGAUGGCUGUUCGCCCCUGGACAGCUGCAGCAUGGCGGAUAUGUGUACCAGGCUUACGGCUGGCAAACCUGCCCUCUAA